AUGGAAAGAAGUCGCACAUCAUUUGGUGUAAUACCGUAUUGGAUUGUCAAACUCAUUGCUGUGAACCAGCAGUGUUCACAACCCAUGGUCUACGGGCCUGCAUGGUCCACAGGAGAUGUCACCAAACUUGAUAGUCGAGUGAAAAAAGUUAAGAAAUUAGAGGGAUCGACUGGUCAUUUCGGGACGAGCAACGUUGUCGUUAGUGCUGCGCAUAAUCAGCUUCAGCAAAUAAUCGCUCAAAUCUCCAACCAACUGAAAACUUCGUCUGGGAUCAAUUCUUCCUCUUCUCGCAUCGAAGGUGGCGUCGCGGAGACGGACAUAACAAAUGCGCCCUAUUUUGCCAGGGUUGAUGCUACCUUCAAUGUUACAAUGACUGCUACCGUCGUAAGAUACCCAUGGCAGGGUGGAUCUCUGAUUUCGAAAAGACACGUUCUCACCACAGCCUGGUACAUCGAUCCCAAAGUUUUCGAACUUCCCAGUUUGACGGCAAGGCUAUUAAGCCUUUCUGUUACCCUGGGUGGCACUUCAAUGACAUCACCGAACGUGCAGGAUUUCAAUGUGACAUUGUCGAACGUGAUUCGACACCCGGACUAUGUCUCGAACUUUGAUACACUUUCUGGAGAUCAAUUCAUUAAAAAUCAACCGGCGAUUCUGUACCUACCUUCGGAUGCUGUUUUAGGUGUCACUGUGAGAACCAUUCCGGUUAUUCACAAUGCCGGAGCCACGUACAUCGGACAAGGUGUCACAAUCCUAGACUGGACUCACACCGAAAGCGGUGCUGAGCUUCAGCACGCGAGUUAUGUCGGCGUGGAAUGCAACAGUUCUUUAUCCGUGGGUCUGCAAUGGUCCCUGUGCUUCAAAUUGCAAGAUCUCAGCGCCUCCAACGUAGACGACGCAGUGUGUAGAAUCCGCAAGAACUUCAAAUCUUUCUGA